AUGGAGCAAAUUGUGGUGUAUGAUGUGGAAACCAGGAGAGCAUGGUUAGUUCAAUUGCUCUCUGUGCUACGUCAUAUGCUCCUGGUCUACGCCGACAGAAGUGAAGAAAAUUUCCGAGCUGAAUAUCCACCUCUAGCCAUAACCGCAGAGGAUGAUCUCAUCAGCUCGCUGGACAUUCUUGAAGAGAAAGGUGGGGUAUUACUUGAGAAGUCGGGCGGAGAUUCUCUCUCGGUUCGAGAGCUCAUCAUGGGUUUCUCUAUCAACCUAUCCAAGGCAUCUUUGCAAAAGCCACGACGUUCAGAAUUUUAUGGGUACGAGUUCAUGGAUAUUGUAAUGGACUCUCCAAGGUCAGAGCUCAAAGGCCGAAAGCUUGAGAAAGACGGUCUGGCCUGGUCUCAUCCCUACUGGAUGAAGUCAACUGCCUUUUCUGUUCUGGUUUAG